CAACCCUCAUUCAAAACAGAACACAGCUGUUGCAGAGCACAUCGCUUUUGGCGUUGUGGGAGCCUGUGAAAUCUGCUGCGGUCAAAUAGGAAUUUGGCAACCAAAUCUGUGUGAUUGCAGUGUGAGGAGGACACAGACAGAUAAACACACACUCUCUGAGCCGUACAGAAGAGGCAGCCUUACCUCAACUCUCAAGCACUAUGCCCUUCUGACACACAACUGUAAUUGUGUGUGUGUGUGUCCAGAGUGCACACACUGAGGAUGAGUAGUGCUCUCCGGCACUGACAGACAGAUGGUGUGGGAAUUAUGGACCUCCCCAAUGGCCAAUCAAGCGUCACCACCGCCACUGCCUCGGAGAAGAGCAGCAGCUCAGAGUCUCUCAGUGAGAAGGGUUCUGAGCUGAAGAAGAGUUUUGAUGCUGUCGUCUUUGAUGUCCUGAAGGUCACCCCUGAGGAGUAUGCAGGUCAGAUCACUCUCAUGGAUGCUCCGGUGUUCAAAGCCAUUCAGCCUGAGGAGCUGUCAAGUUGUGGCUGGAACAAGAAGGAAAAGCACAGCUCUGCCCCCAACGCUGUGGCCUUCACCCGCAGGUUCAACCAGACGACUUUCUGGGUGGUGAGGGAGAUCCUUCAUGCUCAGACCCUGAAGAUCAGAGCUGAGGUACUCAGUCUCUACAUCAGAACUGCCAAGAAACUGUGUGACAUAAACAAUCUGCAUGCAGUGAUGGCUGUGGUGUCAGGCUUACAAAGCGCUCCCAUCUAUAGACUCUCCAAGACAUGGGCGUUGUUGAGUCGGAAGGACAAAGCAACGUUUGAAAGGUUGGAGUAUCUCAUGGCCAAAGAAGACAACUACAAGCGUCUGAGAGACUACAUACGCAGCCAGAGCAUGAACUCCUGCAUACCAUACCUGGGUAUGUAUCUGUCUGACCUGACGUAUAUAGACUCAGCGUAUCCCUCUACUGGCAGCAUCCUGGAGAAUGAACAGAGAUCCAACCUCAUGAACAACAUCCUGAGGAUUAUAUCUGACCUGCAACGCUCCUGCACCUACGAUAUACCAAUGUUGCCUCAUGUCCAGAAAUAUCUCAACUCAGUCAUGUAUAUCGAGGAGCUACAGAAGUUUGUGGAGGAUGACAACUACAAGUUGUCGUUGAAGAUUGAGCCUGCCACCAGCACCCCCCGCUCGACUGCCUCUAGAGAGGACCUUGUAGUUUCGGAUGCAUCUGCCUCUCCUCUGUGUGGCCGUAAGGGCCCCAUUGCAGACGGAACCAAAGUCCCUCCCACGCCCCCCUCCCCCCGGAACCUCCUCCCCUAUGGACACAGGAAGUGUCACAGCCUGGGCUACAAUUUUAUUCAUAAGAUGAAUACGGUGGAGUUUAAGAGCGCUACGUUCCCCAAUGCUGGUUCUCGUCAUCUAUUGGACGACAGCGUCAUGGAGAGCCACACCCCUACAAGAGGACAGGCCGAGAGCUCAACGCUCUCCAGCGGCAUCUCACUGGGGAGCAGUGAGGGUUCAGAACUCAGUGAAGAGAUGUCCUGGCCAGCCUUUGAGAGGACUCGGUUCUAUCACUCUCUGGGCCCUGUGACCCGCGUGGCCAGAAUCCCCUACAAAGGAGGCCUGAGGCCCAGCAGCUCUGCGGAGUCUGAGGAGUUAGCGGUGCACCUGUACCCUGGAGCCGUCACCGUACAGGGAGUCCUACGACGCAAAACUGUCUUCAAGGAGGGCAAGAAACCCACGGUGGCGUCGUGGACCAAGUUCUGGGUGGCUCUGUGUGGAACUCAGCUCUACUACUACCAUGCCAAGUCCCUAAAGGCCACAGAGAGAAAGCACUUCAAGUCGUCUAGCAGUAAGAGUGUGUGUGUUGUGGGGUUAAUGGCCAUCAUGUCAGACGACCCUGAACAUCCCGACGUCUUCCUGCUCACAGACUCCGAACACGGUAACACAUAUAAAUACCAGGCAGGGAACAAAAUGAACGCCCUGCUGUGGUUCAAACACCUCGGUGCUGCCUGCCAGAGCAACAGACAACAGGUCCCAGCCAAUCUGAUGUCCUUUGAAUGAGGGCUGCUGGAGAGGACGGAACGAUAGAGAUAAAAGAGAGGAAUAGGGGAAGAGCGGAGGAGAGUUAGUGACUCAGCAGCAGGAGCUUUCACUGCCAUGACCCCUAAACUAUAACCCCUGACCCCAGCCCCACUGCAACCCCACCUGCCACCACUGCCUUAACCUAAGGAGCCGUGUGUGUGUGUGUGUGUUGAAGCAGUGGUUAAUAUGGCUGCAUAGACUACUGAAUGAAGACCUACACCACUUCUUCUCUCUCGUUCUCUCGCUCCGUUGUUUUUGCCUGUGGACUAUCAAUCCUGUGGAACUAUGGGAUGUCUCCUCUCCUCUUUCUUGGAUGCUUCUUAAGGAUGGAUGGACAUGAUUUAUCCUUUAUCCUUGUUUUCCCUCACUCCCUCUCUUCUUGACAUACUGUGCUCUGGUGGAAGACAGACUGCCCUUUCUAGGGCUGGACUCUCUCUCUCUCACACACACACACACACACACACAAUACUGGACUAACCCAAUGGAACAGGAUUUCAAACACACUUUUCUUUAUCACUCUUUGGUUCACAAACUCACACACACGACUCCGAUGGUCUCUUCAUACUUGACUUGAGUUGGGCUCACUAAACGGACACUUUUUCCACACACACACUCAGACGGGGGGAGUGAAUGUGUGAUUGGCCUGUGUGAUUGCAGCAUUGUAAACAUUAAGGGCUCUGAUUCUCAAAUCUAUUCCAGCAGAAACCACUCCCAUGUCCUGAAUGUCUCCUACUGUUUUAUAUUCCAGAGCCUCUCCUCACCGUGUGUGGUGGGCACUAUAUAUGCUCGGUCACAUCACGGGAAUGAUAAAACAAGACUCAAAGCUUUCCUCUAUUCCACCUUUAUGGACCCAGUUAUAUCUCUCUUAUAAACAGGCUUUAUAUGUUGUUCUCUCUGGACAGUUGUCUGUGCUCUGUCCACAUGUUAAAGCUCGAGAUUCACCAGAACACACAUGUACACACACGUUAACACUAAAGACUUGAAAGCUGUGAAAAAGUGAACGAUGGAGCAGUGUGAAAGAUGGAGUGUUAACUCCAGAAAAAUCAUUUUAUCUCGAUUUCUUUUUUGUUAUUGCUUGAACAUAAGAGGGAGCUUCAGGUUCUGACCUGACCUGCUUUACAAAUCUGAGUGUAUGUAUUAUACACACAGACUGGCACACACACACACACACACACACACACACACUGCUGCAGACACACACACAAAGCUAUCGGGAGCCAUUCAGAAUCCAUUUGAAUGAUUAUUUUGUUGUUUAGUGUUUCCUUGGUGUUAUUUUGUUGGGGACGUAUCAGCAGUAUUACCCUGUAGAUGACUUGCACAUGUCUAGCUUAUUUUAAUUGUCUGUUACAUUUCUUUUUUACCUUUCAUUUUUGGCUUCUUCCUUUUUUUUGAACAUUUUGUAUCUUGUUUUUUAAUUUAUUUUUGUAGUUUGUUUUCUCACCUAUGAGUUUGUCACAUAGGGGUACGGUACAGAUCUACUACACUCUAUUGCCUAGUUCCAUGUCAUACUCUAGACCAGGGCUCUCCAAUCCUGUUCCUGGAAAGCUACCAUCCUGUAGGUUUUCACUCCACCCCUAAUCUAGCA